AUGGCUCUUCCAGCGGGGGUGUCGAUGAUGCAGGCACUUGAACAGCUUAACUCGACAGGAAGGCUUGCUGGAAAGCUUACACCCGAGUACUUUGCCGCCAACGAAAGCUGGAAGGUUACCAACACUGUCAUUGCGUUGGCUGUUCUUGAAGUAUUAUUUAUUGUGCUGUUUUUCUUUUCUCGGAUCAGGAUAGGGACGGCGAACGGGUUGGACACCUACCUCAUGGUGCCGGCCUUUAUUGUUUGUUUUGCCCAUCUUAUUUUAUGCUGGUUAUUUGUAAAAUAUGCAGGUCUAGGCAAACACUGGUACGCUAUUGAACCACAUGAAUGGGUUAUGUUCUUAAAGCUUGAGCUUUCUUUAUCGAUGCUUAAUCCUCCUGCCCUUACGCUUCCGAAACUCGCCAUUUUGUGUCUAUACCUCCGAGUGUUCACGACCAAACCGUACCGUUGGGCCGCCUACUUUAUAGGCGUCGUCCUUAUUAUUACGUGGAUCGUAUAUUUCUGUGUACAGAUGGUCAUGUGUGUGCCGUUCGCAUAUCAGUGGGACAAGACUAUCCCAAAUGGAAAAUGUCUCAAUCAAUUCGCCAUCUUUGUGUGGAUCGGAUUGCCUAGUAUUGCAACUGAUCUCAUGAUUAUCAUUCUUCCUCUACCUAUUAUAUGGAGACUUCAAACAUCCAUCAAUCAAAAGAUUGGGCUUACAAUAACAUUCCUUACGGGUAGUGUGGGAAUCGUCACCGCUAUCGUCCGCUUUGCUGUCUUUUUGAGACUCACAAAGCCAGAGCUGGACUUGAGCUGGACCGGUGUUGAUGUCGUGUUGUGGGCAACGAUAGAACCAAGUGUAUACUUGAUCGCAGCGUGUUUGCCUUCGUUGCGCUCCCUUCUAAACCCCGUAUUCAAAGAGUUUGACAUGGAAGCUCUCCGAACUCGGUUUCGAAUCAAAGACGACAAAGCACCCCCGAACGAUAUCAUAGAAAAUAUACACCUCUCGGGCAUCACGGCGAUAAACUCGAGUACUGCGGCGGGUCCUCUCAGUCCGAGCGCGCGGUCUGGGUUCAAGAGACUAAAUGAGCCGGCCUGGCCGAACAGCAGCUUCUACAAUGGAAAUAAAGACACCGGGAUGUCGACUUGCUAUCGAGAACGAGAUUCGGAAGACAGUGGAGAGGGAGGUAGAGCGCAUUCACAGACGGAGUUACAAGGAGAAAGUCAAUAUAGUUAUGGAAUCGUGGUUCAAAAGGCAUUUACAAUAUCUACAGAACCUAUACGGAAAUAG